AUGAUGCGUCCAGCACUUCGCCGGCUUGGCUUCGCCUCGGCGUCCAUCUCUGCCGCCUCGUCGUCCUCGGCUCGGCCAUUACUCUCCCGCACCGCCGCCCGGCCACUUCCACUUCUCCUUCAGCAGAGACAGUACGGCUUCAAGCCGUCCGCAGCCUCGACGUCGCAGCCGCAAGAUGUGGACCCGGCCAGCCUUACCAUCACCGAGACCACGACGCCUGGUCAGCUCGAAAAGCCCGAGGACCUCGUGUUCGGUCGUGCCUUUUCCGACCACAUGCUCACGAUGGAGUGGAACAAGGACGACGGCUGGCUGGCGCCGCAGAUCACGCCGUACCAGAACCUGUCGCUCGACCCGGCCACGUGUGUGUUCCACUACGCCUUUGAGUGCUUCGAGGGCAUGAAGGCCUACAAGGACAGCCAGGGCCGCGUCCGCCUCUUCCGGCCGGACAAGAACAUGGAGCGCUUCAACAAGUCGGCCGCGCGCAUCGCCCUGCCCACCUUCUCGCCGACGGCGCUGAUCGAGCUGAUUGCCCGCUACGCCAAGCUGGAGUCGCGCUUCAUCCCGGCCGCGCGCGGCUACUCGCUGUACCUGCGCCCGACCAUGAUCGGCACGCAGAAGACGCUCGGUGUCGGCCCGCCCGGCUCCGCCCUGCUCUACGUGAUUGCCUCGCCCGUCGGGCCCUACUACCCGACGGGCUUCAAGGCCAUCUCGCUCGAGGCGACCGACUAUGCCGUGCGCGCGUGGCCCGGCGGCGUCGGCGACAAGAAGCUGGGCGCCAACUACGCGCCGUGCAUUGUGCCGCAGCGCGAGGCCAUGAGCCGCGGCUUCCAGCAGAACCUGUGGCUGUUUGGCGAGGAGGAGUACGUCACCGAGGUCGGCACCAUGAACUUUUUCGUGGCGCUGCGCAACAAGGAGACGGGCGCCAAGGAGCUCGUGACGGCGCCGCUGGACGGCACCAUCCUGGAGGGCGUGACGCGCGACUCGGUGCUGGCGCUGGCGCGCGAGCGCCUGCAGCCCGAGGGCUGGACCGUCUCGGAGCGCAAGUACACGAUGCAGGAGCUGGCGACGGCGUCGGCCGAGGGCCGCCUGAUUGAGGCCUUUGGCGCGGGCACGGCGGCCAUUGUGAGCCCCGUGCGGUCCAUCAGCUGGCACGGCCAGCUGGUCGACUGCGGCCUCAAGGACCACGAGGAGUCGGGCGCCGUGACCACGCGCAUGAAGAACUGGAUCGAGGGCAUCCAGUACGGCGAGGAGGAGCACGAGUGGAGCUAUCUUUGCGAGUAG